GCGUGUCCUCUGAAGCACACCAUGGGUUUUGCCUCUUGAAACAGGAGAAACCCAUGGGUUUGUCAAUCAUAAAGGAAACCUGGGUUACUUGGAAGACCCACAAGAGAGUAAAGAAAGGUGGCUCAUUGUCGGGUUGCUCGUUGCUGCUGAAAUUAUAAGACAGAAGAAGAAGAAAUAUGUCUGUGGUGAUGGCCAAAGAGGACAACAGGAGGUUUUCAGAGAGAUCUUCUCGUAUUAACAUCAAGAUUGUUAGCAAUGAUGGUUAUGAUUCGGUGACUGUGAGGGUGAAGAGAAGCGUCAAGAUGAAGGACCUGAUGAAGGCUUACAAUGACCGGAGAUCUGUUGACUCCAACACAUUCGAGUUUCUCCUAGAUGGUCAUCGAAUUCAAGGUGAACAGACUCCUGAUGAACUGGAGAUGAAGGAUGGGGACGAGAUUGAUGCCAUGGUGCAUGGCCAUGGUGGCUCAUUCUUGCUGCUGUAUUUGUGAAGAGCCUAUCAGUUUCCUUUGCUGGUGCCAGGAGAGAGCUGCUCUCUAGUCAAUCUUUGGAAAGAUGUUUGAAGACAUUAUAAGUUAUCACUUGUACUUGAACUAAUGCAGCUUAGGAAUCCAAUGUAAUGUGGGCAUGGAGUCAGCUUUGGAUUACAAUUAAUAGAAAUGGACUUUUCAU